GCAUGGUGCAGCCUGAGAGGCAGACAGCAUGUUGCGCACGCGCCCCUUGCAGCUCGUGCCCCUCGCGCUGCUCGUCGCCUUGCAGCGGUGUCUGGCUGCCCGUCCGCUGCUCGUGUUCUUGAUCGACGGUUUUCGGUACGAUUACCUGGAUGACCUGCAGGCUCUGCCUGGCUUCCGCGCGCUCGUGGAGCGCGGGGUAAAGGUGGACUACAUGACUCCAGACUUCCCGAGUCUGUCCUACCCGAACUACUACACCUUAAUGACUGGCCGUCACUGCAACAGCCACCAGAUGACAGGGAACUACAUGUGGGACCAAAGCUCUCAGAAGGAAUUUCUGAUUGGGACAAAUGAUGACAGCAGAUUGCCUCUGUGGUGGGACGGGUCAGAACCGCUGUGGGUCACUCUGCAGAAGCUGGGGAAGAAGGUCUUCAUGUACUACUGGCCGGGCUGUGAGGUGGAGAUUCUGGGCGUUCGUCCAGCCUUCUGUAAAGAGUACAUCUAUAACCCAACAGAGGAGAAUUUGUCUGAGUCCAUAACUCAGGCUCUGGAUGUUCUUAGGUCGGGGAGAGCUGACAUGGCAGCAGUGUACUAUGAGAAGGUGGAUGUGGAAGGACACCACUUUGGUCCAGACUCCCAGCAGAUCCGGUCAACGGUGCAGCAGCUGGAUGUCGUCAUGCAGAUGUUCAACAGAAAAAUGAAGGAACUGAACAUGGAGGAGCAGCUGAAUGUUCUGCUGUUUUCAGACCACGGCAUGACAAAGAUCCAGUGGAUGGAGAAGGUCAUCGAGCUGGACAAGUUCAUCGCAAUGGAGGACAUCCUGAAGAUGAUGGACCGAGGAGCGGUGGUCAGUUUGUGGCCCAAAAACUCCAAGUACCAGGAGGUGCAUGCUGCUCUGUCCCGGGUGCCCAACAUGCGUGUUUAUGGCCAGCAGGAGGUUCCUGAACGCUUCCAUUACAGAGGGGGGAGGUUUGUGUCCCCCCUCACCCUGGUGGCGGACCCCGGCUGGUUCAUCAGUGAGAACAAGGCCAAGCUCCCGUUCUGGAAAAAUGGCUCCGAGUCCUCAGGCUGGCAGAACGGUUGGCACGGUUAUGACAACGAAUUAGUUGACAUGCGGGGAUUUUUCCUGGCUGCUGGACCUGACUUUAAGCAGCAUGUGCAAGCGGCACCCAUCCGAGCAGUGGACGUCUACAACCUCAUGUGCUGGACGCUGGGCGUGAAGCCUUUGCCCAAUAACGGGUCCUGGUCCCGGGUGGAGGACCUACUCAGGAGUUCUGGUGGUCCGGUUGAGCGCGGGAGCUGCUGGACUUGCUGUAUAGGUUUGUUAGGAUCACUGUUUAUGUUCUGGGAGUAAAUUGUCUGAGAGUUGAGUUCAGCAGCAUUUGAGAAGUCCGACAGGACGCCGAAGCUUUGGAGAAACUGUGAAAUGUUCUGAAGGCGCUUCUGUCACAGAGGGCGUGACUCAAACCCAACUCGGCUGAACUUUGACAGACAUUUGAGCCUCCAUCUCCUCUUUCUGGAACUAGCAGCUUCUCUUUCUUCUGUUUCUGUCCAGCUCCCUGUUUUUCCAGAGAAAACUCUGGAAGAGUCGUUUUGGAAGAACUUCCUGAUUAGAAAUGCGUCAGGGAGUGAUCACAUUGGUAAAACGGUUACUUCUUUUCCUUCUAAAACCAAUGAAGUCUAUUUUCAACAAUGGAUUCUGUAUUCUUGCAGUUGUGGUUCUUUGUGCUAAAACAUGUUUUGCAAAACGGAUGUUUGAAUAAAACUAUCUCUCCUUGGAAACA